AUGGCUCCAAAGACUGGGUUCAAAAUCCCUCAACCUUGGGACACAAGUAGACCUAUACUUGAUGAAAAGGAUCCCCUGUCGAUUGAGGCAUAUUUGCGUCACUGCGCGCAGAUCGUGGAGGAUGGUGGCAUCACAGAUGUCAAACAAGCAAAAAGCAUGUACAUCCGUUAUUUGCCGUCGCGGCAAGUGAUGGACGUAUGGGAAGGUCUCGAUACCUAUUCCGACGACACGAAAACUGUCGCGGAGUUCGAGGCCGAAAUAUUAAAAGGAUACCCUGAGGUAUCCAAGCGAAAAACGGGGACCAUGGCAGAUCUAGAUAGACUCUGUCGCGAGAACCGUGGAAUCAAAAUCACGGAUGAGGGAGAUUUGAAGCGCUUCGGCCUUCAGAUGUACAGUCACUACAAGCGACUGUCAGUCCCUCCUGCCAUUAUUACCAACAAAGUCGCGUGUGAACGCUACAUGCGUACUUUGGACUCUGAGUUCAGUACCGUCUUGAGGAACGCUUUGGCUACGAGUCAAGUAUUCAAUAAGCGCUACCAAACUCGCGCUGGGAUAGCAAAUGCUAAUGUCCCCGCGACUGGAGUCAACCGGCAGGACGACCCCAUCCAGCUGAAAGAGCUAAUGACAAUGGCGGAAGAAAUGGCGUCGACGUUGAGUAACGAAGACGAAAUUCCCAUAAUCGCGCGACCUCCAAAGGUUCGCUUCGACUAUGAGACUAGUCCACCCAACCAUGCUAAGGUUGAGGAGUUGGAAAACUCGAUUUCUAACUUGAAGGACUCAUUUCUUCUACACCAAAAAGAGCUACAGACUCAGUUGCAGGAAGCGCUGAAGACGUUCGUACAGACUGCUCGCGAAGCGCCUAUACAGCGGUCGCGGCCAGUAGGCAACAACUCUUCUGUGCCCCACUUUGAAAGUCGCGUACAAGGAGGAGCUGCCGCACGGAACAACGACUGUCGCUACUGUGGACAAACUGGUCACUGGUCGAACGAGUGCCCGCUCAAGAGGUCUCACAUUGAGAAAAACCUUCUCAAAGUCGACACCAAAGGGAUGUGGAGGCUCUUCGACGACAGUUUCCUACCAAAUGGAGAAGGGACUCAGGGACAACGAGUAGAGGCUUAUUGGAAGAAGAAGGGCAAAUCCGUCAACUUCCAGGACUCCUACUACUUGGAUCAGUUCGAUAGCCGCGACAAUGAUGAUAUGUCCGACUACCCUGAAGAAGUGGCAGAUGAAAUACGCUCCCUUCGAAGUCAACUCAUCCAAUACGAGAGGAAGUCGUCGCGACCAACCCCAGAGAGUCGCGCUGAGCCAAAGACUCACAGAACUGCAUCUGGUUCAACCAGCAAUGCAAUGGAAAGUGCCAUGGGCCAAUUCAUGCAGAAAGCCAUGACCGACGCCAUGGCCGGCUACUUCAACAACAUGAACAGUGGUUAUCCUCAGACUCAGGAGCAGUUCAUUCAAACCCGUCGUGGUGCGAAUAGCCAACCUGAGCGCGACGAUAACAACUCGGCCAAGCCCUCUGAGGACCAUGAUAAACGAGCUGAGCGACGAGAGAAACCGAGAAAACCUGUGAUUAUUGAAGAAGUUAGCGAUAGCGACGAUGAUGAGGAAUCAGUGCGCGACAACGUCGAAAAGAGAAAGGAACUACCGUUUGAGAAAGUCAAGCCCGUUCUACAAGAACCAGUACAUUCUUCAAAAGCGCGCGUUCCAGAUAAAUACCAGUUGCGUGCACCGAUUCAAAAGAAGGCUGUGGCAGAAGCAGUCUACGACAAAAUGAAAAAUGCGUCAGUCGACGUCACUGUGGGUGAACUCCUAGCAGUUUCGGGGACUGUCCGCGACUCCAUUCUAAAGGACUCUUCGAAGAAACGAGUACCGGUUCAGAAGUCCAUGCUUCAAGAAACUGGCCGCGUCGUUGAAGACGUCUGGGAUGGAGAACUGAGCUACAACCUAGUCAGUGCUAAGGAAUUGCCCGAGCCUGUGUUCUAUCAUAACACAGUUGAAGGAGAAAUUCCCAUUGGCGCAGUUGUCGCGACGGACCCAUAUGAGAUGUACUUGGAGUCGAUACCCUCUAAUGAGAACCCAAGACAUGUCUAUGUUGUGGCCAGUUUACCCAAACUGAGCUAG